AUGGAUUUAGAUGGGUCACAUCAGGACAUUGCGAUAGACUAUAGAGAUGAUGUGGGCAUGCAGCAACAGUACAUCACAUGGUGGGGGAGGACAUACCCUAGACCCAUCUUCCUAGCAGACUUCCCUAGAGGGAACCCCAGACCACAGAGACAGACGGGCGAUGGAGAGGGACCCAAUACAUUUGAGGAGGGCUCAGAUGGUCAGGCUGAUGAUGCAAGAGAGCAGGAGGCAAGUGGAGAUGAAGAUGAUCCUGAUGCUGGAGAGGGAGAUCAAGAUGGAGAUGAUGAGGAGGACGAAGAGGAGGUAAAGGAGGAGGACAAGGAGGACAAGGAGGAGGACAAGGAGGAGAAUGAGGAGAAUAAGGAGGAGGAUGAAUCAGAUGUAGUUCCUCAUCACUCUGGGGAUUACACCAUAGCAUUAGAUCCACUGAGCCUCCCAUCAUAG